CGGGGCGGGCACCGUGGAGACGGUGCGGGGGUGCGGGGCUGAGCCGCUCCGCCAGCCGUGCGCCCUGGGAUCGCUCCGUGUUUUUCUGAAAGCUGCCAGCCAUUGAAUUUGGAUGGAUUUGGAAGUUAAAGGAGUUGCUGCAUCCCCUCGAAGAAAGGCUGAGCUGUCAAUGAGGGGGAAGAAAUAUCAGGGUUGGAGAUCAAAUAGACAGGCUACACACAGUCCUCGCCCACCAGAGGUGCCAUGCCUAGAUCUAGGAAGGCUGGGAGAUUCUGAUGAAGAGGACGGGGACUCUUGAAUACAGGACACUGGAAGUUCUUCUCAUAGGUGCCAGCUAGAUUCAUCUUCAGAGUGGAGAAUGUCAUUACAGACUCCAUAUGCACAGCAUCAAUAUGUCAGUCAACAUUCUGUUUGGGAGCAGAAGACAAGACCAGAAAACCUGCCAUCCCUCAGAGACAGAUCCAAGCUGAAGCACGGUCAGUAUGAAGGAGGUACAAAGGAAGAAUCUAAGCAGCAUCCUCAGAGAAUUGCAGAAAAGAAAAAAGACCACCUCCAGUAUCCAGACACUUCCAUAAAGUUAUAAAAAGAAUGUAUUUUUGUGUUGGGUACACAGCUUGAAGAUGGAGAAGAUUUUGUAACCCUUGAUAAGAAAGCUCUCCUGCAACAAUGCUAUACAAACAAACCUUGUAAUAUGCAGCACAACAUAAGGAAAACAGAAGCUGGGGAUGUUGCUGCAGAGAGGAGAAAACAGGCUGUUGUAGAACAAGUUAUGGUGGAUCAAUUAUGUAGAGCUGUUAUAAGUGAUCAAGAGCAGUCCACACGUUCUGAUGUUUGCAAGGAAGCUCAAGGACUUCUGGGAGUUGGCAUGGCACCAAUGCAUUUUAGAAAAAGGACCCUCCAUGAAACAAAAAUAAGGACCAAAUCAGGACUAACUGAGAACAUGCUCUCCAACAAGCUACGCUUUGACAGUAGGAUUAUAUCGAGAAAUGGUCAUGAUGCUUGUAGGGAGUUGGUUGGAUUUUUUUUUUUUUUGUGUGUGUGUGACAAAUCCCUGACUGUGUAUGAAUUUUGACAGUUUGGAAAAAACAGGACAAAUGCCUUGCCUUUGAUUCAGAAGAGAGUUUCUCAUCAUUAGCGUGGACAAAGAAAGGGAAAAGCUUAUGAUCUUAGUGACUUCAAUGUUUGAGCCAAUCUGACUUUCCGAAGUGUCGAUCAUAACCUCCCAGAAAGUGUUAAGCAGAAUCCUUUCUUCACCCUUCGUGUGAUAAGUAUUGAUGAAGCAGCUAUGGAUUAUCUAAAAGCUUCCUCUGUGGAACUCAAGGAAGAGUGCUCCAGGCAAGUGGUUGAUGACAGCGAAGUUUUCAAGAAGAUUCAAGGUAUAUUCAGAGAAACACUAAGUAAAAGAGGAGUUUGGGUUAUAACAGGCUUAGGAAAGUAUUUCCGACAAAUAGACAAGAACAGAAAUGGUUUUCUCUCUCAGGCAACCUUGAAAGCUCUAAAAUUAUUCCAUUUGGAAAUGCCUGAAGAGGACUUUGAAACCUUAUGGCUUAUUCUUGAUGAUAGCAAGAAUGAUAAGGUCAACUAUGGAGAAUUUACCCAUGCCAUAUUUGGAGCAAUGAAUGAAUAUAGGAAAACAUUUGUAAGAAAAGCUUAUAUGAAACUAGAUUUCAGCAAAACUGGGAGUGUGCCUGUGGUAGAUGUCAGAAAAUGUUACUGUGCAAAGAAACAUCCUGUAGUAUUGGCAGGCAAAACUGCAGAAGAAGAAGAAAUUAAAUCAUCAUUUCUAGAAGCAUUAGGAGAGUCCUGCAGCAACUCUGAUGAAGUGUCCUAUUCUGAGUUUGAAGAUUACUAUGAAGGAUUAAGUUUUGGAUUUGUGGGUGAUGAUGAUUUUGUUAAUAUCUUAAGGAAUUCAUAGGGAAUUUAGAGUGGAAGAUGACAAAAAGAAGAAGGGACACUUUCUAAACAAGGAGUGACUAAGUAAGAGAGGCUUUAAUCUUGAUGGGUGUUACUUUAUAAUUAGUGUCUUAAACUGAUAUCAGGG